UCACGACGCAGAGGACGCACAGCCGCAUUGUUGUUGAGGGGAAGAGAAGCAGCUCAACGAGUCGGCUCGGACCGAGCAGCGCAACCGUCGCGAUUCCCGCACAGCCAGCAGUGAGUUCGGAAGGGGCCCCCCCGACGCGGCCUUUCCAUCGCCCUGGAUACUUUGCGGCCGCGCUCGCGUCGCACUCGGUUCAAGCAGCGAGCGAGCGGCGGCCGAAUGCGGAUUUAACCUAACCGCCGGUUGGGCUCCGCAGGCCUCGCCGCUUUUGGGCUCCGAAGGCCUCGCCGCUGACGCCAUUGCUAAGUCGUCCUCCUGCUCAAGCUGAAUUCUUGAGAAAAGCCAGCAUGAAGAAGAAAGGCCGCCACCAGCGGCCGUCGGCGCUGAAGCGGGACCCGUCGCCCAUCAAGCCGUCGGCCAAUCGUGAGACGCUGACGUACGCGCAGGCUCAGCGCAUGGUGGAGCUGGAGGUGGACGGCCGCGUGCACCGGCUGAGCAUCUACGACAAGCUGGACGUCAUCGGCGACGACGACCCCACGGCGCAGGAGAUCCUGGAGUGCAACAGCAACAAGGAGAACAGCGAGAAGCCCCCGCAGGCGCCGGUGCGCUCGGCCCGCCUCCAGAACAGCCAGCGCAGGAAGAACGCGGCGCUGGCGCCGCCGCCGCCGCAGCCGCACGCCGUCGCCGCCGUCGUCAACCCCCCGCCGGAGGCCAAAGUGAGAACGGUGGAGUACAACCUUCCGGCGGUGCCCAGGAGGCCGUCGGCGUACUACGCCUACGCCGAGCGCACGGCGGAGGAGCUGGACGAGGAGGUGGAGUACGACAUGGACGAGGAGGACUACGCCUGGCUGGAGCUGCUCAACGAGAAGCGCAAGAGCGACGGCAUCAGCCAGGUGUCGCACAACCUCUUUGAGUUCCUCAUGGACCGGCUGGAGAAGGAGUCGCACGCGGCGGCGGCGGCGCGGGGCGGCGCCGGCGGCGGCCCGCCGCAGCCGCCGGCGGUGGACGAGGACGCCGUGUGCUGCGUGUGCAUGGACGGCGACGGCGCCGACAGCAACGUGAUCCUCUUCUGCGACGCCUGCAACAUCGCCGUGCACCAGGAGUGCUACGGCGUGCCCCACGUGCCCGAGGGCCAGUGGCUGUGCCGCCACUGCCUGCAGCGGCCGGCGCGGCCCGCCGACUGCCUCUUCUGCCCCAACCGGGGCGGCGCCCUCAAGAGGACGGAGGACGGGCGCUGGGGCCACGUGGCCUGCGCCCUGUGGGUGCCCGAGGUGGGCUUCUCGGACACGCUCUUCAUCGAGCCCAUCGACGGCGUGCGCAACAUCCCGCCCGCCCGCUGGAAGCUGACCUGCUACCUGUGCAAGGAGAAGGGGGCCGGCGCCUGCAUCCAGUGCGACCGGGUCAACUGCUACGCCGCCUUCCACGUCAGCUGCGCCCAAAAGGCCGGCCUCUUCAUGAAGAUGGAGCCCGUCGGCGGGGAGGGGGCGGCGCCGGGCGCCUUCUCCGUCAAGAAGACGGCGUACUGCUGCAGCCACACGCCCGACGGCUGCGACCGCCGCCCGCUGGACGUCUACGAGGAGCCGCACCCCAAGAACGGCGCCUGCCGCAGGCGCGCCGAGCGCCGCGGCCGGGCCCGCGCCAAGGCCUGGUGCAAGAAGCGCAGCAAGCGGCCCGAGGCGCCCGCCGAGCCCCGGGCGGAAGCCGAGGGCCCGCCCAGCGCCGGGCCCAGCAUCACCUCUUCCAGUCUGGACGCCAUCCUGAACCAGGUGGCGGUCCAGAGGAAGCGUCCCUUUGUGGAGCGCGUUCUGAGCUACUGGGUCCUCAAGAGGCAGUCCAGGAACAACGUGCCGCUCAUCCGACGCCUGCAGGCCAACCCGACCCAAGCGCCCAAGUCCGCGUCGGCGGUUGCCGCGGAAACCAACCAAGUGCUGAAGGAGCAGCUGAAGGAGUGGCACCGACUCAGACACGACCUGGAGCGAGCGCGGCUCCUCUUGGAGCUCAUCAGGAAGCGGGAGAAGCUCAAGAGGGAGCAGAUGAAGCUGCAGCAGUCGGCGCUGGAGGUCCAGCUGACUCCCUUCAACAUCCUGCUCAGGGCCGUGCUGAGCCAGCUGCAGCAGAAGGACCAGUACAGCGUCUUUGCUCAGCCCGUCAGCACCAAGGAGGUCCCGGACUACCUGGACCACAUCAAGCAGCCCAUGGACUUCUCCACCAUGAGGGCGCGCAUCGACGGCCACGCCUACCGCAGCCUGGACCAGUUUGAGGCCGACUUUGAGCUGAUCAUCGCCAACUGCAUGAAGUACAACGCCAAGGAGACCUUCUUCUACAAGGUGGCCCAGAGGAUGCAGGACCACGGCGGCGCCAUCCUGCGCCGCGCCCGCAAGGAGGCCGACCGCAUCGGCUUCGACUUCCCCAGCGGGCUGCUGCUGCCCGCGGCGCCCAAAGCCGAGGCGCCGCCGUCCUUCGCCUGGGAGGACGUGGACCGCCUGCUGAGCCCCUCCUACCGCCGCCUGACGCCGCCCGAGGAUCAGCUGAAGGAGCUCCUGGAGAAGCUGGACCUGAGCGCCGCCAUGAGGAACAGCCCGUCUCGCAGCAAGAGGCUCAAGCUGCUCAAGAAGACCAUCACGGAGGUCCGCAGCGAGAUGAGCCUGGAGAAGUCGCUACCGGCCGCCGCCCGGCCGGAGGAGGCGCCGCCGCCGCGCGGACCUCCGGACUCGCCCGAGUCCAACGCCUCCGCUCCGCCCGCGCUGGAGGCGCCGCUCCCGUCGGUGCCGUCGGAAGCGCCGCCGAUGCCCCCCGACCCGGGCCCGCCCCACCCGAAGCCGGCGGAGCCCGUCCCCGCCGAGCCGGGGGACUUGACCCGCACCUCAGCUACCUCAGCGCGCGCCCCCAAGCUCAACGGGCACCUCCCCGACGGCGAGCCGGCCGAGCGACGGACCGAGCUCCUCUUCCGCAAGUCCAAGAGCGUCAGUCCGCAGAAGCUGCCCGGGGACCGGGAGGCGCCCGCCGCCCUCUCGCAAUCGCCGCCGCUGGGCGCCAAGACCUUCCUGUCGGUGGUCAUCCCGCGACUGGAGUCGCUGCUGCUGCCCAGGAAGCGGCCGCGGAGCAGCAGCGUCGACGGCGAGCAGGACCGGUCGCCGCCCGGCAAGCGUCGGGGCGCAGGGGUCACCAACGUUUUGGCGCCGGGGCGAGGGGGGGACGAGGAGGUGGAGGAGGAGGACGCCUCGCCGCCUCGAUUGCCGGAGCCUCGACGCCGCUGCGCCUCCGAGUCCAGCAUCUCCUCCGCCGUGGGCGCCCUGUCCGCCGUCAGUACCGUGGCGAUGGCCAAAAGCGGCAACGGGCAACCGGCGGCCGCUCGACGCAACACGGCGGACGACCAAAGCGCUCCUCCGUCUCGCGCCGAGAAUGGAGACUUCAGCCACGCCCUCAAGGUCUCGUCAGAGGCGUGGAAGCCCUCGGCCGCCUCCCCCUUUGUUGCGGAGCCUCUUAAGCUAGUUUGGGCUAAAUGUAGCGGCUAUCCCUCCUAUCCCGCGCUGAUCAUGGAGGCGCCGGCGCCGAGGACGACGACGACGACCAGGCGGCCGGCGCGGCGCCAGCGCAACGGGGCGACGGCGGUGGGGGCGGAGCUUCCCCGCCCCCCGCGGGACGUGUUGCGAGCCGGCGAGCAGAUGCAGUUCAGGUCCGCCGAGAAACUCUUCCUCGUCCACUUCUUCGACAGCAAGCGCAGCUGGCAAUGGCUUCCUAGAUCCAAGCUGUCCCCGUUCGGCGUGGAUCGCAGUCUGGACCGCGUCAAGCUGCUGGAGUCUCGCCGCUCGCGUCUGCACAAGUCGGUGCAGCGAGCCUUCGAGCGGGCCAUGAAGCACCUCGGCGACGAAGGCGGGGGCGGGAGGGCGCCCGCCUCGCAACGUUGACGGCCGCCGUCGCACAUUCCCCCGCCGCCCCCCCCCCCCCCCUCUCCGCCGCUUUUUGUUGCGUUUCGACGCUCGCUUCACGCACAAACGACUGAUGCGCCGAAGCUGGCGGCGGCCAUCUUGUUUUGUUCCGAGACCUAUGCAAACGCCCAUCCAACGGACGAAUGUGCCCCGUGAAAAACCCACCGCCUCACAUGUGCUGCAACCAUCUUAACUGCCACGAAGACUGCGAGCGUGUGUGUGUGUGUGUGUGUGUGUGUGUGUGUGUGUGUGUGUGUGUGUGUCAGUUGGCUCUUACCACUCGAGGUCCUGACUUGGCACUAAUUUAUUCGAGUCCUCCCGUCAUCGGACAUUUUGAGACGACGACGGCCACUGCCGUCACGUGGUGCUAUUUCAUUCAUACUGUGUCUUUGUUUUUGUUGUUGUUUUUUUUUUUUUUACUUUUUUAAGUUAUUGACUUCUCAAGCUACAACGUCUUGGCAUUAACUUUGUUUUUUUAUAAAGGAUGUUUUUACACAACUACUUGUUUGUACAUAUUUAUGGAUAAGCUACAGACAGGCUCAUUGUUUGAAGUGGUGCAAAACCAACCCAAAAAAAAGCCACACCACAACUUCCUCAUGUUUUUUUUUUUUUUUUUACUCUAGUGUUCGGUUUAUUUUGCGCCUUGCGUGAGCGCGUGCGUGCGUGCGUUUGUGUGCGUGUAUUCCAACGAGGAGGGAGCAGAAUGUGCCUGUUUAUUUAUUGUAAAGCAGAUCAUAUAUAAAUGUAAAUGUAUAUGAAUGACUUUCUAGAUUAUAGUGAGACGAUAGUGGGGGGUGGGCGCAAACAACGUUGUGUGAGAGCUUUUGUUUUGACAGGGUAGAGCGCUGGGAGGGUCGACUUCCUGUGUGUUGAGUGCGUGUGUGUGUGUGUGUAAAUUGUUUUGGUACUUUAGCUCUGGGAAUUAAACAUUGUAGCCAACGGGAGUGGAGAAGCAGCCAACGCGUUGGCUUUGUUUUUUUUAAUACUAAAACACUGAAAAAUUAAAAUUUUAUUGAAUCUCU